GCCAACUUAAAGACAUUGAUUUAAGUUCAAUUUCGGUUUACUUGGAUAAAUGUCGAAUAACUUUAUUUAUUGAAUUUCUUGCGAUAAUUAUUUUAGUCGAAGUGUUUUAAGGAAAGUAAAAAGGUUUAGCAAACUAGUGCUUCAACCGUUCUCAACAAGUGCUCGAAAUGGAAGCAUUUCAUAAGCUUCAACCAGAAAGGAAAAAUGACGCCGAUAGUUCGCAGGAUCAAAUUGAAUUAAACUCAAGCGUCGAGAUGCGUUCACCUUCCCCAGUCUUUAAUAUUCAACCGCGGAAACUGCGUUUUGCAUCUCCACAUAUUGAUGAAGAACAACAUAAACGUUCCAGCCUAAUACAGACACGCUCAUCUGCAGCUGUUCCGGUAUCAGUUUCUCCUCCAUACCGUAAGGUGCGAGCACUGAGACUUUUUGACACCCCCGCCACUCCAAAAACUAUUCUUCAAAAAUCAAGAAAUCAUCUGUCUGGAGCGGUGGCGGCAGACGGUGCAACUAAAAACGAAAUAAUUGAGCGACCAAGAUCGCUGCCGUUACACAAUCGAGUUUUAGACAAUUUUCAACCUCAAACAGCGAAUGUUAAUCCUUUUACACCUGAUAGCUUUUUAGCGCGAAACAAAAAACGUUGCCGAACUCAAUUUGGACGAGAUAAUUUAAGCAAUCAGUCGGUGCAAAUGUUUUUAAACAGCGAGGAUGAUGAUGAAAUAGAUAAUGAAGGAGAUGGAAAUACGGAAGUGCUGCAAGCACCUAAGAGACUAGCUUUACAAGAUACUAACAUCAGUCGUUACCAAAAGGAAUUUUUAGAAAUUUCACUAAUAGGAAUAGGAGAAUUCGGUUUAGUUUAUCAAUGCCUUAAUCGAUUGGAUGGUUGUAUAUAUGCCAUUAAAAAAAGCAUAAAGCCAGUGGCAGGCAGUUUCUUUGAAAAACGAGCUUUGAACGAAGUAUGGGCACAUGCGGUUUUGGGUAAACAUGACAAUGUAGUACGGUACUACUCUGCUUGGGCAGAAGAUAAUCAUAUGCUUAUACAGAAUGAAUAUUGUAAUGGGGGCAGUUUACAAUCUCUUAUUCAAAAACGUUUUCUUGUUGAAUCCGAAUUAAAAAUCCUCUUACUUCAUGUGGCAGAAGGUUUGCGUUAUAUACAUUCUAAUGAUUUGGUUCAUAUGGACUUGAAGUCGGGUAAUAUUUUCCUCACUAAAAUGCCCUCAUUACAUAAAUCCACUUCACUUCCGCUGACAAAAGAGUAUUAUGAAGAUGGCAUGGAUGGAAUAUAUGAAGAGCUCGGCAAUACAGAAUGUAUUACAACAUAUAAAAUUGGUGAUCUUGGUCAUGUGACAUCAAUAAAAGAGCCAAAUGUUGAAGAAGGCGAUUGUCGUUAUCUACCCUACGAAAUACUUCAGGAAAAAUUUAGUGAUCUCUUUAAAGCAGAUAUAUUUUCACUUGGUAUGACAUUAUAUGAAGCUGCAGGCGGUGGGCCUUUACCUAAAAAUGGACCGAUGUGGCAGAAACUUCGUAACGGUGAGGUGCCAAAUAUACCUACAUUAAGUGCAGAAUUCAAUGAGCUCAUCAAACUUAUGACACAUCCGGAUCCGGAACAACGCCCAUCUUCCACAUCUAUUUUUAAUCAUCCUAUACUGAGCUCGAUGGAAUCGAAGUCUAAAUCCCAACUCAAUCAAGAGUUGAACAUUGAAAAAAGAAAGAAUGAGAUAUUGCUGCGAAAGUUGCGUGAAGCUAAAAAGCUGAUCAAGCAAUAUGAACAAAAUGAUAGAGUUAAUCAAUCCCCAAUGGAACAACGUUGUUUACGAUCAUAUUCACGGAAGAAACGCACAUCUUGCAUCGGUUCUAAAGUAGAUGGACUGCGUGAUCGCAACAAAAAUGUUAUUAACAAAUUAAAUUAUUGACUUAUUCAGUGAAUGCUGCCAACAUUUGAAGUUUUAACACGAAUUUUAUCCAUUGUCUUUAUUAUUUAAUCUAUGAACACACUGUAAAUAAAAAAAAUAUAUAAUAUAUAUGUAUGUAUGUAUGUACGAUCAACUGUA